UAGGCACUAGGCAGCAAAUUGUACAACCGGUAAUUAGGUUAUGUUAUCCUUAAUCAUUAUCUCUGGUUAUUAUAAUCCGUGAUUAUCACCAAUUAUCACUGCAUCAGGGCAUAAAUGUAAUGUCAUAUCAGUAACAAAGUAUUAGCAAAUUAAAGAAAAUAUUUCAUUUAUUGACAAUGGUAUUUAAAUGCCAAGAAGAUAGUUUUCUGAAAGAGUUCACUUCAACUGUAGUGUCAUGUCAGAAGAGUGAAUUCUCUGCAUCUAUAAAUGGUAAAACUGUAAAUGUGGAUGGAUAUGAAAUCAUUCUAGAAGACACUAUUCUUUUUCCUGAAGGAGGUGGUCAGCCAUGUGAUUAUGGUUUUCUCAAUGAUCAACCUGUGUAUCAGGUCACUCGUAAAAGUGACAAAGCCAUCCACUUUGUUAAAGAACCCUUUAAUGUUGGUGAUCAAGUUAAACAAAAAAUAGAUUGGAAUCGAAGACUAGAUCAUAUGCAACAGCAUUCUGGCCAGCACUUGAUAACUGCAGUAUUUGACAGGGAUUUUAAAUUCUAUACUGUGUCAUGGUAUUUAGGAGAGGAAGUGGCAUAUCUUGAGUUAGAUACCCCUACUGUUACACAAGAACAAAUGGAUCAAGUAGAAAAUACUUGCAAUGAGCUUAUAAGAGAAAACGUUGCUGUAGUUGUUCAUAAUCUUGAUGAGAACACGCCAGAAGAAGAAUUAGAAAACUUCCGCAGUGUGAGAGGACUGCCAGCAGAUCAUAAGGGUGCUAUAAGAGUUGUAACUAUUGAAGGUAUUGAAAGCAAUAUGUGUUGUGGUACACAUGUAACAAGCUUGAGUCAGUUGCAAGCUGUAAAGUUACUGUAUAGUGAAAAAAGUAAGAGAAAAGACAAAACCUUGCUGUACUUUUUGAUUGGUAAUAGAGUUGUCAGUCGUUUGAGUCAGUGUUUAAAACGUGAACAGAAAUUAACUGGAUACUUAAAAACAAACCCAGUUCAGCAUCCUGAAUUUGUUGAAAAAUUAAUUCAAAACACAAAAUUAUUGAAUAAAAAUUUGCAAACUGUACUCAAAGAUUUAGCAGUUUAUGAAGCGCAGAAAUUAAAAGAAUGCAAAGAAAAAUAUUUUAUUUUACAUCGAAAAGAAGCAGAUCCUACUUUCAUGAACAUACUUAUUAAAGAAGCAGACAGAACUGACAUAUUUCAGUUCCUGUCAGUUGGCGAUGAGAAAGGAGCUGGAAAUAUAAUACUUUAUGGUGAUGAAAAGGCCAUUUCAGAUUUGGCAAAUAAAAUUUGCGAAUUAUUGGGAGGAAAAGGUGCAGGAAAAGGCUGUAAAUAUCAGGCUAAAGUUACAAACCUAGCCAAUCACAAACACGCUGAAAAACUUAUAAAAGAGUAUUUUAAACAGUAAUUAAAGAACUUCCAAUGUAAAAUUAUUUAUUUAAAGCAAAUAAAGGAUUUUUAACAAAUAUAA